UUUUGUUAUAUUAUUUUCAAUAUUGAAUUAGUUUUGAAAUUGAUAGGUCUUGAUUCAGUUUCAAUUAUGUUCCUUCUCAUACCAACUUUAUUUAUCUUGUUUCCACUAUCUUCAGAAUAUAAUCCCGAAGAGAGAGAUUGGCUUAAUCAUUGUGACCUCAUUAAAUUAAAGGAAAGAUGUGCUGCUGUAAAAACUACAGCUCCCAUUCCCGAAACAACAACGAAGAAAGGGGGAUUUUUUUGGUGGUGGAAAAGCCAGAAAAAUGUUGGUUUUAGACCAAUGGCUCAUGAAAAAGAAAUAUUCGAAUCAUUGAAACAAAAGCUGAUAUCUGACUCUAAGUUUAGGGGUGAGUCUGAAGAAAUGGAUCCUUGGACAAAUGAUGCGAGGGCUUUUCUUGACAGUGAAUAUGAUUAUUACUAUCAGUACUAUGGAGGAAUUCCACCACUCGGAUUCGAUAAAUCAGAUUAUCCAAAGAAAUGAGUCUUUCAUAUUGUCUAUAUAUUCUAGUACCGAAAUAACACUUUGUACAUACAAAUGAUAAUGAAUAUAAAUAAUUUUGAAA